CUCGCAGGUCAAAACGUGGGACUGCGCAUGUGCACGAUAGCAGAACUAACAAACAAACAUCCGGCAGAGACGGACAGCAAACACCGACCAAGAACUAUCUUACAGAUAGCUAGCUAUCUACAUGGGUUAACUAUCGUUUACUAUACCUUGCAGUUCCACCCUAAUGAAGGAGCUCCGUCCUGGCUGACUUUGGGAGAUGGGAGUACACAACAUUACAGACCAGCCUCCACUGGUCCAAGCAGUUUUCAAUCGGAAUGCCGAUGAAAUUCAACUACUAUUGCACAACAAGAAAGAGGACGUCAAUGCACUGGACCAAGAGCGACGUACCCCGCUACAUGCUGCUGCCUGUUUGGGGGAUGUUCAUAUAAUCGACCUCCUCAUCAAUGCAGGUGCAAAUGUAAAUGCUAAGGACCAUGUGUGGUUAACACCAUUGCACAGAGCUGCUGCCUCCCGGAAUGAAAGAGCAGUGGGGCUACUUCUGCGGCAGGGAGCUGAGGCCAAUGCACGAGACAAGUUCUGGCAGACACCACUGCAUGUUGCAGCUGCCAAUAGAGCCACGCGCUGUGCAGAGGCCCUGCUCCCCCAGCUGAGCAAUCUGAGCAUGGCAGACCGCACUGGCAGAACCGCCUUGCACCACGCUGCUCAGAGCGGAUACAUGGAGAUGGUGAAGUUGCUGCUGAAUAAAGGGGCCAACUUGAGGACCAAUGAUAAGAGAGAGAGACAGCCUAUCCACUGGGCAGCGUACUUAGGGCAUCUAGAAGUGUUGAAGCUGCUAGUGUCUCGGAGUGCAGACAAGGGCUGCAAGGACAAGCAGGGCUACACCCCUCUCCACGCUGCCGCUGCCAGCGGACACAUUGACAUAGUCAAGUACCUACUGAGGCUCGGGGCUGAGCUGGAUGAGCCAAAUGCCUUUGGGAACACUGCGCUGCAUGUGGCCUGCUACACAGGCCAAGAGGCUGUGGCCAACGAGCUGGUGAACCACGGAGCUAACGUCAACCAGCCCAACAGGAGUGGCUAUACCCCACUGCACCUGGCCGCUGUGUCCACCAACGGGGCCCUCUGCCUGGAGCUGCUGGUCAACAACGGGGCCGACGUCAACCAGCAGAGUAAUGCAGGGAAGAGCCCCCUGCACAUGGCAGCCAUUCACGGACGCUUCACCCGCUCUCAGAUCCUCAUCCAAAACGGUGGAGAGAUUGACAGUGUGGAUAAAUAUGGCAAUACCCCCCUCCAUGUUGCUGCUAAGUACGGCCAUGAACUACUGAUCAGCACACUGAUGACCAACGGUGCAGAUACAGCCAGACAAGGGAUUCAUGGGAUGUUCCCGCUGCACCUGGCUGUGCUCUAUGGGUUUUCAGACUGUUGUCGUAAGCUACUCUCCUCAGGUCAGCUGUACAGUAUUGUUUCAUCCAUGAGUAAGGAGCACGUACUAUCAGCCGGGUUUGACAUAAACACUCCAGACAACUUUGGAAGGACCUGUCUACACGCUGCUGCUUCUGGAGGAAACGUUGAAUGUCUGAACUUGCUCUUAAGCAGUGGUACCGACUUGAAUCAGAGGGACCAAUCGGGAAGGACUCCGUUGCACUAUGCAGCUGCUAAUGGGAGGUACCAAUGCACUGUGACCCUAGUGAGUGCUGGUGCUGAGGUCAACGAGCCAGACCAUACAGGUUGCACUCCCCUACACUACUCUGCUGCCUCCCAGGCCUUCUGCAGAAUGGACCGACAUUUCCCCGGGACUCUUCAGAGCGAGGAGGAUGGAGAUAAGGAGUCCUAUUUUUGCUUGGAGCAUCUGUUGGACAACGGUGCAGACCCAUCCCUGGUCAACUCUAAAGGUUACAGUGCUGUUCACUAUGCUGCUUCCCACGGCAACAAGCAGAACCUGGAACUGCUCCUGGAAAUGUCGUUUAAUGCAUUGGGAGACAUUGAGAGCAGUAUUCCAGUGAGUCCGUUGCAUUUAGCUGCUGAUAAUGGCCACUGGCAGGCAUUGAGUGUGCUGACGGAGACUGCUGCAUACGUAGAUGUACAGGAUGCCUCGGGCCGCUCUGUGCUCUACUUGGCUUCCCAGAGAGGUUACGUCCGCUGUGUAGAGGUCCUGCUGGCCCAGGGGGCCUCCUGCCUCCUCAAUGAGAACAGCCACAUGUGGACCCCUCUACACGUCGCAGCUGCCAACGGCCACACGGAAUGUCUGCACAUGCUGGUGGACAGCGGGGAGGAGGCAGACCUUACCAACAUCACAGACACACAGGGACAGACUCCUCUGAUGCUGGCCGUUCUAGGUGGCCAUACAGACUGUGUCCACCUGCUGUUGGAGAAGGGGGCCUGGCCUGACGCCAAGGACAAGAGGGGCAGCACUGCCCUGCACAGAGGGGCGGUGGUGGGCCGUGAGGACUGUGUGACGGCCCUGCUGGAUCACGAGGCAUCUGCCCUGUGUCGGGACGGCCAGGGUCGGACCCCCCUACACUACGCUGCCUCCCGCCGCUAUACUGACAUCCUCGCCAGUCUGCUGCGUGCCGCCACUCGCUCCGAUCCUCUGGACUCCCUAUUGGACCACGAUGAGUACACACCGUCUCACUGGGCCGCCUACCAAGGGCAUGAAGGCUGUUUGGAGGUUUUACUUGAACACAAAACAUGUAGUAGCCAGGAGGGAAACUCCUUUACCCCGUUGCACUGUGCUCUAAUGAAUGGCCGUAGUGCAGCUGCAGAGAUGCUGUUGGAAUCUGCUGGUGUACAGAUGGUUAACACCAGGGAUACUAAAGGAAGGACCCCUCUUCACGCCGCAGCAUGUGCCGAGGACGUGGCGGGGCUGCAGCUGGUCCUACGCCACGGAGCUGAGAUCAACGCCGUGGACCACACCGGACGCUCUGCUCUCAUGGUCGCCGCCGACAACGGACAGAGUGGCACUGUGGCCAUCCUCCUGCACCGGGCCAAGGCUGACCUGACACUGCUGGACGACAAUGGAAACACUGCCCUGCAUCUGGCCUGCAGCAAGGCUCAUGAGAUGUGUGCCCUGCUGAUUCUGGGGGAGAUCCAUAACGCUACCCUCGUCAAUGCAACCAACGCUGCACUGCAAAUGCCCCUGCAUCUAGCAGCACGCAACGGUCUGGCCACCGUGGUCCAGGCACUGCUGAGUCGAGGAGCCACAGUACUGGCAGUGGAUGAGGAGGGCCACACUCCAGCCCUGGCCUGCGCCCCCAACAAGGAUGUGGCUGACUGCCUGGCUCUGAUCCUCUCUACCAUGAAGCCUUUCCCUCCUCUGGACUCUUCCUCCUGCUCCUCUUCCUCAUGCCCCUCUUCCUCCUGCUCCUCCGUCUCUGUCUCCUCCUCCAUCUCCCCCGGUCUCAACCUACUGAAGCACUGCGGCAUCACCGCUGCCUGCACGCCCCUGCCCAACGGAGGCCUCCACCAUCACCACGGCUAAGUCAAAGACCGCCAUGGCGCCGCCGUCAGCCUGGCCGGGUGCCUUUCUGAGUGAGGUCAUCCUACACCUACAAUCUGACACCACUACUACCACCACCACAGGGUGACUCCCUUGAGUGCACCCACCUACAUGCCUGUGUGUGUGUGUGUGUGUGUGUGUGUGUGUGUGCACGUGCGUUUGUGUGGUCUUCUCCUGAAGUGCAGUCAAACCUAUAUGCAAAUAGAGCUCACAGCAUCUAUCUAUCCCAGCUCUGUAGUAGUUAGUGCUUAACACAGAGAGACUGAUCUCUCUUUCUGUAAGGUCACUGGAAUGCUGCUGUUUGUCCCAAAAUGGUUGCUAAUAACCAACCACAACAUCCCUAAAUAAUCAAUCCCUUUAAAAAAUGUCCCGCAAAUAGGUACUUGUAGGUACUUGUCAGCACAGAAAAAUGACUGACAGCUGUUUGAGUUUAUUUGUAGUCUCUUGUUUAGUCACUUUUCUCAUAUCAUUCAGUAUUUAAUAUUAUAUCGGAAACUAGGACUAGUAGUGGUGGCCUUGUAUAGGAAUGCACAGCCUUCCCCAAAGGAGAAUGAUCAAACGGGUAAAAUAGGGUUGAGGACUUGAUGAAGGAACCAUACAGAAGAAAGUCCUGCCCAAGAGUGCAAUGCUAAAAUAUAUCUAUUCUGACUUUUUCAAAAAUGAUUAUAAUAUGUACCUUCUGUAGUAGCCUAUAUUUAAACUUUUAGCCUAAAAUAGUUUGGCAUUUUCAUAGAGCUGCUAAAGUUAGAAAAAUGUAAAUGUAAGCAUGUCUCCUUGCAAAGGAGUACAAUGCUCGGGUUGGCAUUUUAGCAUCAAUUUAUUCUCAAUGCUGAAGGAUUGUCUACAACACAGUUUUGUGUUUACUAAGCUAGAAUGUGGUUCAAAGCAUAUCAGUUAUGACCAAAGGUGAUCAUCACUACUAUGGCAAAACAACAAUAUUUAUUUGAGAUGUACUGUAUAGAGAAAGACGUUAGAUGGAUCUUGAGAUACCUCGAUAAAUAAUUGUGCAGCUGCUGAACGACUAGACAGGGAGAGUAUUAGCAAUGAUGCCUUGGUAAUUUAGGUGAAGUCUUUGGGAGCGGGCUCGCCCCUUUGCACCUCAGUGAAGCCUCUUGUAUUCUGAGAUUACUGCUCAGUCAUUUUACAAGCCAUUUCAAUUUAUUUCUCACGUUUUUUGUUUUUUCUUAUAUCAUUCUCAAAAGGCUUUGGUACAUUGAAUUGGAAUGACCUUCAGAGAGGAAUCGAAAUGGUGUUAUUUCCCAAAAUGUAGCCUAGGUCAAUCUGAAAUUGAAUUUAUACUGAACAAAAAUAUAAAUGCAACAUGAAACAAUUUCAAAGAUUUUACUGACUUACAGUUCAUAUAUG